ACCAGUCUGUACUCAACUACGAUCCAACGCGGUGGUUAUGUUGUCACGCAUUAUAUUGUGACUUCGUGAUUCUUCGUGUUAUUUAUAGAAAACGUUUUGACGCAUCAAUCGAUUUGAAGAUCAAUUAAUAAUCAAAAUUUAAGCAGGAAAGACGGAAUUAAAGAGCAGGAGCGGGAGAGGCGAGAAGAAAGAGAAGGAGUGAGACGGAAACUGGACGUGGUGCGGCGCAACGCGCACGAGAUCUCCGCGUAUAAAAGGCUCGUCGCAUCGUCGCAGGGCGUCGCAAAACGACGCAAGGCGACGCGGCAACGGCAUAGGAAAAAUCUUUUAUCGGUGGUGCGGCGCGCGCAGGCGCCGAUCGACGCCACGAUACAUUCGUAUUGUUCGUGAUUACUACGACCGGACGUGGAACGGUGGUGUGAGUAGCGAGCGAUGAGUGGUGGCGACGAGUACCGCGACGCAUCGCGACGUCCGCCGCCCGUCUCGUUGUCCGGUGGCUCUCGCCUCGAGUCGAGCGUGGGAUCAUCGUCGUCCUCGGUGGAUUCGGCUAACGUCAGAGCGCGGAUCAAGUUGGGAUCGGCGAUGGCGACGACGACGACCACGAGGUUGCGCGCCGCCAACACGUGCGAGAAGGAGACGUCGUCGUCGCUGCGAAACGGUUUAACGUUUCGCGGCGCCGAGGAGGCCGGCAGGAUCAACGGUUACACCUCGACGAGUAACGGCCACGUACACUUCUGCUCUACUCCUAAAAAAAUGAAAUUAGAAAAAUCACCAUCAAAAGAGUCUUUCGAAAAAGUCCCAUUCAUUACAGCAGCACUUACAUAUCUCGGUUUCUAUAUUCUCAUGUUCCUGGGAUUUAUCAAUCAAUUAUUCUUUAUUCCGAAGGUUGCUACUGAAAAAAAUAGGCAGGGAUAUGCGCCGCUUUAUGACAAUUUUGAGAAAUUUUAUCUUAGAUACGUCUACAGAAGAGUCAAAGAUUGUUGGGAUAGACCGAUAUGUUCUGUGCCCGGUGCAAUCGUAACAUUAAAAGAUCGAGUCACUAAUGAUUACGGAUGGACGUUUCAAUUUACCGGAACUGAAACGCAAUGUAUAAACUUGGGCUCUUACAAUUAUUUAGGGUUUGCCGAGGCGAGUGGUAAAUGUGCUGAGGAAAGCUUAGAAACGCUCAAGAAGUUUGGCUGUGCCACUGGCAGUACACGUGUUGAAUUAGGGACUAUGCCAAUACAUGAUGAAUUAGAAAAAUUAACUGCGAAAUUUUUGGGAGUCGAAGAUGCCAUAGUAUUUGGGAUGGGAUUCGCAACGAAUUCUUUAAACCUACCCUCUUUAGUCAGCAAGGGUUGUCUAGUUCUUAGUGAUGAAAAAAAUCACGCUUCACUUAUACUUGGGCUUCGGCUAUCUGGUGCAAUGAUACAGAUCUUCAAACAUAACAAUGUGAAACACUUGGAAGAAUGUUUGAAAAAGGCCAUUGUUUUCGGACAACCGGUAACUAGCGAACCUUGGAAAAAGAUAAUUAUCGUUGUCGAAGGCGUUUUCUCUAUGGAAGGCUCAAUUGUUCAUCUGCCCGAAAUAUUAGAAUUAAAAAAGAAAUACAAAGCCUAUAUUUACGUGGAUGAAGCGCAUAGUACAGGUGCUAUAGGAAAGAAUGGAAGAGGAGUUUGCGAUUAUUACGGUGUCGAUCCACGCGAAAUCGAUAUACUCAUGGGAACGUUCACGAAAAGCUUUGCCUCGGCGGGUGGAUAUAUAGCUGGGACGAAAGCAUUAAUAAAUCAUGUAAGGAUACAUAGUCACGCGCAUACGUACAUGGCAUCGAUGUCUCCGCCCGUUACGCAACAAAUUAUUACGUCAAUGCGAAUCAUUAUGGGAGAAGAUGGUACUGAUGCCGGUGAAAGACGUAUCAAACAAUUAGCUAGGAAUACAAGAUAUUUUAGACGCAGAUUAAAUCAAAUCGGAGUUAUAACUUAUGGAAAUGAGGAUUCGCCCGUUGUGCCUAUGCUAGUUUAUUUAUAUUCUAAAAUUGCUGCAGUGAUCCGUACUCUAACGACGUAUAACAUUGCAACCGUCGGUGUUGGUUUCCCGGCAACAUCAUUAAUGCAAGGCAGAAUUAGAUUUUGUCUCUCUGCUGCGCAUACAAAGGAACAACUUGAUUAUGUACUGUUACAUAUUGAAAAGAUCGCGGAUAAAUUAGGAUUAAGAUAUUCGAAAAAACCUCGUAUUGCGACGAAAAUAGAAUAUUAUUCCGACAACGAAACGGAAUGAUCUACCUCAUAAAGUAAUAAAUCGUUAAGCAAUUUAUUUCUGUGGAGAUUAAACUGAAAUAACCAAGAGCUUUAAAAUGCCACAAAAUAAAUGUAGAUAUAAUGCAUUCGUUCAUAAUUCAAUUAAAUAAGAAGACUUAUAAUUAUUACAAGAAAUGCUCGUGCUUAUAAUGAUGCGAAUGUAUAUUAAUAUUUAUAGUGGUUCAUACACUUAUAGCACAAUGAUAAUUGAUAUGUGUUGGGCGAGCAAACAAACGAUAUCAUCAAAUGCCUAUGUUAACAAAGUAUAUUGUACAUAUUGUUAACUUUAUUAUGUGCAAAUUCUCACAAUAUUCACAGAAGUUAUUCAUAGAAAGUUGAAAAAAUAUUCAAUUUUAACAUAAGAUCGCAUUAAAAUACAAAGGUUAACAUAAAUAUCGGGAGUAGUAGGACUCGUACAUUGAAUUUCCUUUUUGGCCAACUCUGUAUGCAAAUAUUGUAUCUUACGUCACUGUAAAGUCACUUAUUUACGUCGCUUAAGUUAACAUUCGUUUAUUCGUAUUUCUCACUUAUAUUGUGUUAUAUGGAAAAGUCAAUAGACAGGAACAUGGACAUAGUAUACAUAGACUCUGCAUGUACUUUGUUUUGCCGUCUAAUUGAGUGAAGCCAACAUCUAGAAAAUAAACAAAAAUAGAGGAGCUCUUUCCUCUCUCUCUUUCUUUUUAUUUUUUUGCAAUUCAUCUACAUAGAGAGAGACAAAGAACAGAGGGAUUAGAUCAUCUGUCUCUUUCUAUAUGUUGGCUACACUUUUCUAGCCAUAUGCGGAGUUUAUGUUAUAUACUACGUCUAUGAAUCAUCUACAAGUCUGAAUAUGUAAUGAAUAGGUCCAUGCGCUUUGUGUAUAUUCUUAUUACAAUUAACCAUGAUUAUACAUAUUUUUAUAUCGUUAAAUAACUAUUUAGAAUGUGUUUGUUUUCAAUUAUUUAAAAAAAAAAUGCUUUUGUACAAAAAGCAUUUUCGCAUAUUAUUACAUUCCAUGUAAUUUAAUAUUCAGUUUCAUAAUUGCAUCUUUACAUUUGGAUGGAUAUUUAUAAUUGAUGUAUAGCAUCUCCGGUGAAGUCAAAUUUCUUUGAAUUGUUAAUGUAAAAUUGAUCAAUUGGAAGUAUCUAAAACAUUAAUCUCUAAAAAACUGAUUAUUGUUAUAAAAUUCAAUAUUCGUUAAAAUCGAUAGAUUUUUCAGUCUUAUAUUUAAGUAAAUGUCACAUAUCAAUACUAUUCCUAUUACUAAGUGAAUGUCUAAUGUUUGUCUCUAAAAUAGCUUUUUAAAAUUUUGGUACUUGACAUUUUUUUUUAUAACAAUUUUUUAUGUACAAACUUUAAAUGAGAGAUAAUACGUAACAUUGAUGAUAAACAAUAGAACAAUAAAAAUAUCUCAAAUUACUUCAUUGAGUCGCUUUCAAUUCAGUGUUUGAAACUUCAUUUUUAUUACAUUAAAUAUACUGCCACCAUUAUGAUCUCUUAAUAUUUAUGAAAAAACAUAAUGAUGACUGAUAAAUCAAAUGAUAUUAGAAUAUAACAUGUGAGAAUCUGCGU